CAAAACUUUAAACUCUGAAGGCUUGACUUAAAACCUUUUGCAUUUAGCUUAGUAAUCAGCACUGAUGUGAGAGAGGCCGUGGGCUUGAAGUAUGGAAGCAAGGUUGAGAGUGGGUGCUUCUUCGUGGAUGCGGAUGGAUUUUAGGGAGUGAUGGAGGGAGGAGGUGGAGAUAGAGUGGAUGAGAGAGUGGAUUUUGGAGGGGGAGGGGCUGGUGGAGGUUUGGCCAAUUUUUCAGUGGUAGAAGGAUAGUUCAUCAAUUUUGUAUGACAGGGAGGUGUGAAAAGUAAGAUUUGUGGUGUUGAUUUUACAUUCGUAAAAUAUGAAUUUUGUAAUGUGGCUACCUCUGUUGAGAAUUGAUUGUAGAUUUUUGCUUGAAAUGGUCAUUUUUGCAAUAUAUACAUUGUUUGUUAUAAAUUGAGCAAUUUUAGCAAAAUUAUGCUCAUAGAAAUUAAAAUGCUUAUAUCCAUAUUAUUUAUGAUGCAGAUCAAGAGAAUGGAUGUCUUUUAUCAAGGCAUAGUACAAAUCCUUAGAACUUGAACAUUUAAGACUCAAUUCUGAAUAGCAAGGAGUAAGUUUAUAAAAUUCUCAAAAUGCUUUAAUGUUCCUUCUUCUUAAUUUAUCAAUUGGGUAAACUAUAGACAUAUAGAUGUGCAUCAUGGUUCCCUCUUUCUUCUUUCCUAUAUCUAUUUGCUUACAAGUCUUAUAAUGAAUACUAUCAAGGACUUCAGUCUCUUUUUCUCUCUCUAAGUUCAUCAGAUUCUUUUCAAAUUUUCUAGCUCUCUUCAGCUGCUUUUUCGGCUUCAUGUUCUUCCUCC